ACUGGAGCUGCUGUUAAGUGCAAAUAUUAGCAUUGGGAAGGAAAGCUCAAUAAAUGAGCGUUCAGAUUGCGAAGGGAUUGCACUAAAAUUGUACUUUUAUAGAGUGCGGUACUUCGUCCGAAAGAAGUGUCGAGUGCAAAUGGCGAUGUUCUGCAUCCACAAAUGUCUGAAAUGUGGUUUAAGGAAUCAAACAUUGAAACAGAGAGGUCUAUCUGUGUACACGUCUGUUUAUAGAGUGAAUGAAGAUGACAUAAAGGAAAAACUUCAACAACAUCCUGGUGGAUCCAUUGAUUUGCAGAAAGAUCAAAAUGGAAUUGCUAACCUGAUUAUUAACAACCCUGAACGAAAGAAUGCAUUUUCUGGAACAAUGAUGUUAGAUUUCCGGGACAGGGUGGAGGAGCUAGAACACUGGACUAAUGGAAAAGGUCUUAUAGUGAGAGGUGCAGAGAAUACGUUCUGCUCGGGCUCUGAUCUAAGAGCAGUUAAAGCAAUGUCAAACCCUGAGGAUGGGUUGAGAAUUUGUAUGUUUAUGCAGAACACCCUGACAAGACUUCUGAGACUACCUCUGAUUAGUGUAGCAUUAGUCCAGGGGAAGGCACUAGGAGGAGGAGCAGAACUUACUACAGCCUGCGAUUUCCGGCUCAUGACUUCAGGAAGUGAGAUUCGCUUUGUUCACAAACACAUGGGAUUGGUACCAGGUUGGGGUGGAGCAACCAGACUGAUUAAAUUGAUUGGCUAUCGGAAUGCUCUUAAACUACUGAGCAGUGCCCAACAUGUGAACCCUGCAACUGGUCUGAAGAUUGGUCUUGUUGAUGAAAUUUUAUCAUCCACUCAUGAGGGUAGCUGCCUUGAAGAGGCAGAAAACUGGCUGAAUCAAUACACAGGUGGAUCCUCACAAGUCAUUAGAGCCAUUAAAAAUGUUGUAGUUUCAGGGAGAGAACUGUCACAAGAAGAAUCACUAAAGAAUGAAAAGAGUAUAUUUGGUACGCUCUGGGGCUCUCAUGCCAAUCUGAAAGCUUUGGAUCAAAAUAUCAAACAUAAUUAGUGUCAAUCCAAUAUGCAAUGGCCUCAAUUAGCCUCCACUAUUGUUUUGUAUGAGCAAGAGCCGAAUUUGAAACCUGCUGCCUUCCACAUCAAAUUGUAGACAAAAUAUAAUGUUUCCACCUAGGAUGAAGUGGCAUUUUAAUUUAAAAUGUCUUGUAUGUGUGACAAGUCAAAAUAUGCCUAUAGUUCAAGAAUUACUUCAGACUGUAAAGUACUGAGCUGUCCACAGAAUGUAUAAAACACUGUGUAAAUGGUUUUGUUUCUUUCAAUCAAGUCUAAGCAUGAAACCUAUUGUAUAAUGCAUUUGUGUCUAA